AUGAGACUGAUUCUGAAAUCAGUAUGGGAGAGGGAGAAGAACGUGAUACCUAUCCUCACCGUUGCAAUCCUCUCAAGAAAGCACAGAAUCCAACCAGCUAUGGAGUUACUCCUUUCAAAUUACCAGUCCAACUUAAACCCACCAGCACUAGGAAAAGCUCAAUCAACACCAGCUGCCGCAAAGAAACAAGUCAGAACAGAACGUGGGAACACACCUGAUUAUCUAGUCUUCUCAGGCUCUAGCAAGGAUCCUGAGGUCUAUUUAAAAUGGGAGGCCGACAUGAAGAAGUGGCUUAAAGCAAGGAGUGUCCCUAAGGAAGAGAAGCUAUCAUAUGCUCUUGAUAUGCUUAUUGGAAAGGCCUACACUUGGUGGAAACAAGAAGAUGCCCAGACCUACUACUCUAAUCCAGUACUCAGUUGGGGAGAUCUUAAGGGACGCAUGUAUAGGGAGAAGCCCAAGUUUUGA